GCAGCAGCACUCGCCGCAGCAGCAGAAGCCAACGACGACUCUAACGGAACUGAAACGCGUAUCAUUUUUUCCUCGAACGAAAAACGUAGAAAAAGAAGAAAAAAGGAAAAAGAAAGUUAUACACACAGGCAAAGAUUGCAAUCAUUCAUUCACAGUUCGAGUCCGGAGUCCUGCUCAAACUGUAGCUAAAAAAUUCGCGCGUGCUGCAAAAAUACAAAAAAUAAAAGAGAAAAGGAAAUUCGCAUAGAAAUCAAAUCAAAUUAGGAGCAAAUUGCGCUUUGCUAUGUGAAUGGAAACCAACAGCAACAGAAACAAAUAGCUUUAAAACUGUUGAAUAUAGAAUGACGUUGCAGACAAAAAUCAAUGUAAAAUAUAAAGCGAUAAAAGCAACAGCAGCAACAAUAACAACAAUAACAGCAACAGCAACAACAAAAACAACAAUAAGCGCCCGUCUGCGCCGCCGUUGACACGCACGCACCAAUACAAACAAAGCAGACAGUCAGACACACAAGCAUAAAAAACACGCACGCACACACACAGACACACACAUACAUUCAGGGCAGUUAGGCCUAGCGCUGCGUGGGCGCAAAAAGGAGCAGCAAAUACCAAUUGUGCACAAAAACAACAAGCAGCAUAGCGCAACAGCGAGCAGGAGCAGAAGUAGUAGAAGAGGCAGCGCAGCAGCAGAGCUGAUUAAAGCUGUUGACUAACAGUUAAACAAAAACAUUCGCGAACACACAAAAAAAGUGCCAUUCACACACAAUGAAGCCAUCGGACUUGCUGCUGGUGUUGCAAAAGGUCAAGUUCAGGCUGCCCUUGCCGCCGGGCGUUAGCUCCACAACGCUCCUGCCGAAGCUCAUACGUACGAAGGAUGUGAAGCAGCUGCAGGAUGGCAAUGCACAGCCCACAAAGCCCAAGCUAACGAAAUGUCUCAAUACCCUGGAUCUGACAUCCUUGGGCAUUGGGUCAUGUUGCGGCACCGGCAUGUACCUGGUUGCUGGCCUGGUGGCCCAAAGGAUGGCUGGACCCGGUGUGGUGAUUAGUUUUAUUAUAGCCGCCAUAGCAAGCAUAUUCUCAGGCGCUUGCUAUGCGGAAUUUGGCGUUCGAGUGCCACACACUUCCGGCUCAGCCUAUAUGUAUUCAUAUGUGGCAGUUGGAGAAUUUGUAGCUUUUAUAAUUGGUUGGAACAUGAUAUUGGAAUAUCUAAUAGGAACAAGUGCCUGUGCAUGUGCAUUAAGCUCAAGUUUUGAUUCAUUGACGGGCAAUGCCAUUGCGACUGCGAUGAGUGAGUCAAUUGGCACCAUAUUUGGCAAACCACCUGACUUUAUAGCCUUUGGCAUAACACUCAUCAUGACCAGCGUUUUGGCGAUGGGCGCCAGUAAAUCUGUUAUCUUCAAUCACACCCUAAAUGCCAUCAAUCUGGCCACGUGGGUGUUCGUUAUGGCCGCAGGGCUCUUUUACGUUGAUACGAAAACGUGGUCGGAGCAUCAGGGAUUUCUGCCCUAUGGCUGGAGUGGCGUUUUCUCGGGUGCCGCCACCUGUUUCUAUGCAUUUAUUGGUUUCGAUAUCAUCGCAACCACCGGCGAGGAGGCGCACAAUCCGCAAAAGAGCAUACCGAAGGCAAUCGUUGGCUCCCUCAUCGUUGUCCUCAUUGCCUAUGUCAGCGUUAGUCUAGUCCUUACUUUAGUCGUGCCCUAUGAUCACAUCAAUGUGGGCGCCGCUCUAGUGCAGAUGUGGUCGUAUGUGAAUGCGCCCAAGUGCCGUGCUGUGGUUGCGGUUGGUGCCACAGCUGGUCUCUCGGUGGCCAUGUUUGGUUCGAUGUUUCCGAUGCCGCGCGUCAUCUACGCCAUGGCCCAGGAUGGCUUGAUAUUCAGGCAAUUGUCGCAUCUGUGGCAGCGCACUAACGUGCCCGGCUUGGCGACGGUGGGCAGCGGACUGGCCGCCGCGCUGGUUGCCCUAACCGUGCGGCUGGACAUUCUCGUGGAGAUGAUGUCGAUCGGCACGCUGCUGGCCUACACCCUGGUGUCCACCUGUGUGCUGGUGCUGCGCUAUCAGCCGCAUAGCACGUCGCUGGUGGAGCUGCUGCCGGCGCAGUUGCGCACGCCGCUGGCGCCGGGCACCGCCACGGAUCCGCAUGCUCGUCCGUCGGAGGUCCUCGAGCCGACUAAGCUAACGAUCAAGCGUGUGACGCGCGGCAUGUCCGACUCGGAUGAUUCGUUCAUCGAUGACAGUCCGGAGGGCUAUUUGGGUGGGCGGGAUGAUCAGUUUUUGGUGUCGGAUCGCUCCGAGAACAAGUUCUAUGGCAGCGUCCAUGGUGCCCCCACCGGACCCACUGGACAGGCCACCGCCUUUGAUACGAUGGGCCUUAAUUUUAUAACGCGCAAGAUUCAUGACUAUGCGUACCUGUGCCCCGGUUUCUUUCCCUGGGUGAAUCCUGGUCAGGCGACCUCCGAAAGUGGCAUGUAUGUCACGAAACUAGUUGGAAUCAUGUUCGGUCUCAUAUUCUUCUUGGAUUUGUUCGCGGCCAUCGGUUGGUCCGGCGGCCUCGCCAUCUUCAUUUAUAUCAUUUUAUUUAUCGGCAUAUUUGUGAUAUUAUUGAUUAUAUCGAGACAACCACAGAAUAGAUAUGCACUUGCGUUUUUAACGCCUGGACUUCCAUUUAUUCCGGCUAUCGCAAUAACUGUUAACAUUUAUUUAAUAUUUAAGCUAAGCAUACUGACCCUCAUUAGGUUCACUGUAUGGAUGACUCUCGGCUUCAUAAUGUACUUCUAUUACGGCAUCACGCACAGCAGCAUGGAGCAGACCAGCGACGAGCUCGAGCUGCAUGUCGACAAGGAUUAUAGCAAAAACGUGGAUGACAAAGCCGUUUGGGAUCAGCAGUCCUACAACCAGACGCAUGAACCCGUCUGGGCCAGCAAGGAAGUGAAGCAGUCCACAAAUAAACGUUAUAGCUAUGGCAAGAACGCCACGUCUGGCGGCCAGACUGGCAGUCGGAAUACGUCCGGUGCCAGCAAAUCUGGCGGCGAUUCAGCUGCGACUUCAGCUAAAGAUGCGAGAGCUGCGCCUGCGCCGCCGCCGUCGAGUGAACGAAGCGCGGAGGGCCGAAGCCGUCCAUUGGAGCAUCAGUAUACCGGGCAGUUUAGCAUGUUUGUGGACGAGGGUCAGUUUCCCACGUGGGAUGACUAAAUCAGCCCGUACAGCUUCGAUAUAUAUAUGUACAUAUAUAUAUAUCGAUUUAUCGAUAUUCCAGCUAUAGAAUCGUACAGUUCAACUUCCGUAAGUUCAUUUCCGUUUUCGUUCGCGUUUGCGCCUCGCUGUGAUCGUGUAACAGCCAGGCAGCUACCUUCGAGGCGCAAGCUAAGGGCGAUACAGACAUAUAUAUAUAUAUUUAUAUAUACAUGUAUACAUAUAUAUGUAUAUAUAUAUAUGCAUGUAUAUAUUCCAAUAAUGUAGACGACCCACACUAAAGCGCAGAAUGCUGGCAACCCAAAGAUAACUGUAAAUAUGUUUAGCUAUACAAAUAUAUACUAAUAUAUAUACAUAUAUAUAUGUAUAUGUAUAUAAAUGCGUUACAUACAGCGCAGCCUCAAUGGUUGUUGUUAGUGCCAUUGAGGCUCCACUGUAUCUAUCACUUUCACUAUCGAAUAUAUAUACAUCAAGCAACCAACUCAACAUCAACUACCUAUAUAUAAAUCUACAAAUAUAAAUAUAUAUAUAUAUAUUUAUAUAUAUAUACAUAUAUAUACUGUUGUAGAGCCAUGCUAGCGUGUUAAUACUGUAUUCGAUUGGCAGCUCGCAAUUUCUCUCAUUUGCGUUAUCGAACAUCGAUUGAUCGAUUAAUCGAUUUGCCAAUGUGAAAGAAACAAGAGAAAGCAAAAAAAGAAAAUGAAAGACAAGAAAAUAACUGCAUAUUUUUGAGAUUGUUAUGCACAAAUAAUUAGGGUGGCCAUAUAUUUAUGUGGGGGGGCGGAGCUAUUGAAAGCAAACUAGUUCAAUGUUUUGCGCGUACGUGCGUGUGUUCACUGUACAGUAUGCACAAACACACACAUACAUACACGCACGCACACACACACGCACGGCUAUACAUAUAGUAAAUGUAAUUGUAAGGGGAAGCCCCGACAGGAGCCAAACAAAAGACAACUAAAGUUAUAAUGGAUGUACAUAUAUACAUAUAUGCAUAUAUACAUACA